AUGGAUUUUUCAUUUCAAGAAUUGGCUUUAAUUGCUAUUGCUCUAGAUGACGAAGUAGCUACGACCGUGAACAAGAAAAGGAGAUUUUCUGUACAUCCUACAUGGCAGAAUAAAGAACAAGAAGGAGAAUACCACACUAUCUACAAAGAACUUCUGGAUGAUGAGACUCAAUUUUAUCAGUAUUUUCGAAUGCCAAAAGAAUGUUUUGCUUUACUGGAAAAUAAGCUAAGCCCUCAUUUACUUAAGAAAGACACUGUUAUGAAAAGAACUAUCACACCUCGAGAACGUUUGGCUGUAUGUAAAAGGUAA